GACAGUUGUUUUUCAUAAUAAACACGCAUGUUGGUCUAUGUUGCUUGUGUCAAGCAGUACAUGGAAAAUAUUGGUGCCUUCACACAAUAACAUUACUCGUUGAAAGGUGCUGAGACUACGACAAUAAUUGCCGAUGAGAUGGGAGUCCGAGGCUUGACAACGUAUAUCGCUGCAAAUGCAGAUCGUUAUUUGGAUGAACAUGAACUACACGAUUGUAAUGUGGUCAUCGACGGUGACAGUUUAUCGUGUCAGCUGUACAAAUCCAUAAAUUCAGCAUUUGGUGGGAACUAUGACCAUUAUUUCCGAGUUGUUUGCAAUUUCUUCGGAAUGCUAAAGCAAUGCAAUAUCACUGCAUAUGUUUUGUUGGAUGGUGGUUACCAGGCGAAGAAAUUAAGUACAGUAAAGCAGCGCUUGCGAUCGAAAAUUGGUGCCAUCAAACAUCUGAAUCCAUUGAUGGAUAGUCAACCAACAUUCCCUAUAAUGAUGCGAGAGGUGUUUGUGGAGGCAUUGGAACACUGCCACGUUUUAAGCAUGCGAUGCAUAUUUGAAGCUGAUGACGAAGUGGCCGCACUGUCACGCAAGCUUAAAUGUCCAGUUCUGAGUUUUGACUCCGAUUUUUACAUUCACAAUGUUCAGUAUAUCCCAUCGGUAACAUUGUCGCUGAAAGUUUUCCGUCGAAACAUUCCGGAUGAGGAGAGCAAGAAGAAAGUUCGGCUCCGCAAAGAGCUGGUGUCUGAAAUCAACUCGGAUGGAGACUAUGAUCGUUUCAAGGGAACUGAAGUGAAACGAAAAUGCUAUUACUAUAUGCAAUGCUCCAUGUAUCGUAUUGCAAAUCUAACGCGCGAUAAAGGCUUACGUUCAGAAAUGUUGCCACUGUUUGCAAUCUUAUUGGGCAAUGACUAUGUACCAUCGUCGAUUUUUAAGAAAUUCUAUUUGAAUGUCAGCAUGAAGAAAACGGGAAAGAACAGCACAAAACAAGGGAAACGGAUUAUUGCGCUGCUGAGAUGGCUGCAACAUGAAACACUCGCAUCGGCCAUCGAUAAAAUCAUUAAUCAUGUGGAAAAGGAUAAGAAAGUGUGGCUUCGCGAGCAAAUCAAUAACGGCAUUUCUGGUUACAUACAUGAGAAGAGCAUGGCUUACGAUUAUUUUGGGUUUUCAUCAAAUGAACAACCGGGUGAUUAUUUAUCAGCUGCAACAAUACCUGAUUGUCUCGUCGAUACGACAUUGGAAGAAGAUGCCGAUACAGGGACUUUGGAAGAAGAGGAAGUCGACAAAAGUGAUCAUGGUGAGGGUGAGGAUGACGACAACAGCAAUGCAGUCGAAAAUGAUGAUGAAGAUGACAAUAGCAGCAGCUCUGACAGUGAUACUGAAAGUGAACCAUUGGAAUCUGAUUCGGACGACAACAAAGAUGAAAUCCAACCCAAUUCCAAAACACACGACAGCUUUGAUACGUACACACCAACAAACGAAACAUUGUUCGUACCACCGGAAUGGCUACUGAAGAAAAUACUUGCAGGACAACUACCACGAUACGUGGUCGAUUUGAUGACAAUGCGGCUCUAUGUGAACAAUUGCCAAGUGGAAAAUUUCCUAUUGCCUGACUGUAAUGCAAUUUCAGUGCCGAUUCUUCAACUGAUUUUCACAAUAUUACAUCAGCCAUACCACAGAGAGUUUCGCUAUUUGACACGCGUGCAACGCCGAACUGACAUUGAAUACAAGCGAUUCGAGUCAUUAUCCGUAGAUAGAGAAUUCGAUACAGCAAGCGAUAAGAAUCGCAAGUUUUUCGAAUUGAUUCUGCGAGAUUUUGAAAAUUCUGAAACGAUUUUCAAGGUGAUUGAAGAAACAGUUCCUUCGGACAUUCGACUACUAUUCAUUGCAAUCAUCUAUUGGGCCCGAUAUUCAAAGCAUUGCAACGUGGUGUACGUAUGCAGUUUGUUGCUGUGCCAAAUUGUUCUAACCGAAAUUGAUUCAAGGCUAGAGCCUACAGUACGAGAUAGACGGAAAUUCGAGAAAAUCUUCAAUCCAAAUGGGAUUAAGGGCGUUGAGAAUGCCAAGAAGAAUGUCGAUGAAAAUGAAUUGUCGAUCGAGGAAUGCAAGAAAGACGUUACGCGUAAUGAAUGUAUUGUUACGCAAUUCAACCGUCUUCUCGAACUGUUCUCAAUUAGCGAUAAGCUGAGGACAAAACACACGGAAUUCUCAAGUGAUAUCGUUCACGGAUUCGGUGAAUUCCAAUCAAUUGUCUAUCAAUUGAAUUGUCUCAAUGUGCUAUGCGGUGAACCAUAUUCAAACAUCGUGAUUUCAAAGUGUUUCAACGGAUGUUUCUUAUUUAACAUGUAUUCAACGCUCAAAGAACGGCCAAACAUUAGAUAUUUCAUCAAAACCUUUCUUUUCCCUGCAUCACCGAAUCUUUUGAAUUUAUUUAAAGCCAUGAUGCUGGUGCUCACACCAUUCGUUGGAUGUCUGUCGAGCGAAACCAUUUCAAAGCGCAAGAAGAGAAGAAACAUCAAUAAGAAAAAAUCUAGGGAACAACGGAAGAAUAAUGUUACUGCAAAUGAUGACGAACAUGCUAAUGCGGAUGAAGAAGAUCCGAACGAAGCCGAAUUCGAAGAUUUAAAUAACCGAUUUUCAUGUUUAAUGAAAAUGUGAAAGAAUUUUAUUCAUUGAAUAAAUAAAAACAACGAAAUACA